CUGCCUUCAGGGCGACCGACACCAUCAACACUGCCUCACUCAGAUAUUCUCUCGCAAACUCACCUUCGAGAGCAGGUUGUAGCUGUUCGAUAUUGCUUCACCGUUCUGGAUCCCACCUCCACGGUCCCAAUACUCACAAACCACGCUUGUCCCGCAUCACGCUCUACUAAGUCACUAUGGAGGUUCUGCUUGGCAUCACGGGGAAGGACUUCACCCUCAUCGCCGCGUCCAAAGCCGCCAUGCGCGGCGCCACCAUCCUCAAGGCCACCGAUGACAAGACUCGGGAGUUGAACAAGCACACGCUGAUGGCUUUCUCUGGAGAGGCUGGCGACACAGUGCAGUUCGCUGAAUACAUCCAAGCAAACGUCCAACUGUACUCGAUGCGCAACAACAUGGAGCUGUCGCCCGCUGCUACCGCUAACUUCGUCCGUGGAGAGCUCGCACGCGCACUGCGAUCAAGGAAACCCUACACAGUGAACUUACUGCUUGGAGGCUACGACAGUAUCGCCGACAAGCCUACACUCUACUGGAUCGACUACCUAGCGAGCUUGGCACCAGUCCCCUACGCAGCCCAUGGGUACGCCCAGUACUACUGUCUCUCGUUACUCGACAAGCACCACCACCCCGACAUCGACUACGAGCAGGGUCUGAAGAUUAUGAGGAUGUGCACAGAGGAACUGAAGCGCCGCAUGCCAGUCGACUUCAAGGGCGUAUACCUCAAGGUCAUCACAAAGGACGGUGUCAAGAAUGUCGAGUACGAGGACGACGUCAACGUUGCGAUACCAUAGAUGGUCAAGAGGAAAGAUUUUGAGAAGUCAAAAGACCUAUGGCAGGUAUAUCACGCCUUUCAGAGGUAGACCUAUGAAGCACUUGAUAGAUAGAGAGCUAGCAUCACGACUGAGUUAUGGUAGAGACGCCACAGUCAAUAACCAGAACGUAACGAAUGUAAAUGAGGACCCUUUGUCGUUGAUGUCGAGGAGCAGCACCAAGUCGACCUGAGAAAGAUCGCUUACCGACCAUGUCCGAUGGAAGCGAAUUACGAUGCAAAGGCGUACUGUCGGAUGAUACAGAGACUGAACGCGGAGACUCACGCAGUGGCUGUACGAUUUGCUGGCAAUGCGUGUUAAGCACAAGUUAACGUUUGGACUGAAUUGAGAAGAUCGAUGCCACCAGGACACAUGGUUUUGUGAUAUGGAAACAAGGCGGCACAAUUCUUGGGGCAGAACAGGAUGUGUGCUGGAGAGGCACAACUUUGGACAAAUCCAACUCAC